ACCAAAAAGGAUGCUUAUCCAAAUUGGGACAUAGAAAAACUCUCUCUCUCUCUCCAUCGUUUGUGAAAGAACAUUCAAUGUGUCAUCUCUCUGAGAUAUAAGACAGACAAGAAGGUAACAAGAUUACAAGUUCAAAGGAAAGAUGAGUGUGGUUUACAGUCCACUCUUCUCUCCCAAACUCAUUCUUCCUUCCCCAGUAAAACCCUCCGCAAAUCCUGCAUCUUCGUCUCACUCUUAUUUUCCCUCAGUUCAAUGCAAUAGCAAGAAGAGAGAUUUUCCAUUGCCAGCAGUGGCUUCAUUCACAUAUCCACCUGUUCAAGUAGACUACUUGGAAAGCGAGUUCAGUGGCCAUGGAGUCACCUUUGAGGAUAUAAAUGACAGUUGUGUUGUCAAAAUGCGAUUGGACAAUGGAAGCGUUGCCAGCCUGAUGCUGCCAAGUGGCCUGAUUACGUCGUAUAAAGUGCCUAUGUGGCAUGGAGGCACGCUUGAGCUGCUGCACACUUGUGUCUCUGAGGGUGAGGAUGGCGGUGCGGCAAUUCAAGGUGGUGUGUCUUUGGAUUUCAACUGUCUAACUGAUGGAGUUUCAUGGUCUCCAACCACUUGGGUCCUCAGAGAUGUUAGAGGAAAUUCUCAGGAACACAUUCAGGUGGAACUGAUUAGCUGUAAUUCAGCGGAUACGGUUGAAGUUAGACACAUUCUGACGCUACGACAUGAUCUUUUAAGCUCAGAGCUUGUGAUCUAUAACGCAAAGUCAUCGUCCCUCCGCCUGACGGGCUCUGUUAUAAGCCAUUUGACAGUGAGCACACCUGAAGCAACUUACGCAGUGGGAUUGGAAGGAUCAAACUUCCAAAACAGGCCGCCAUUUUUGUCAAGUUUUACUAUUGUUCCUCCAGACCCUGGCCAGAGAAAUGAUUUGGGCUCCACAAAGUUAUGGAGUCCCGCUGCCAUCAAGGAACUUUGGUCCAGCUGGGGUGCAAGGAAUCAGAACAAUGAUGACGGUGCAAGUAUAGAGGGCGAGGAGAGGGACAACUAUAAGCAUUUAACCGACAAACUGAGCAGGAUUUACACCUGUGCACCUCGCAACUUCACCCUCAUUGACAGGGGUAGAAGAAACUCCAUUGAAGUAGGAAGAGAUGGAUUUGAUGAACUCUACAUAUUCAGCCCUGGCUCGAGACACAAAUGGUAUGGAAAAUACGCUUAUGUAUGUGUAGGCCAAUCUGCCCUGCUUGAACCUAUCAUCCUGAGCCCUCAAAGCGAGUGGAGAGGUUUGCAGCAAUUGCACAACCCAAAUCUGUAGUAAUCGAAAACCAUGUGGGAACGACGUCUUUCAUUUCAUGCUCUUUUAAGGACAAGAGUAAGAUCUGAUCAGUCAAAUUGGAGAAACAUCCUUUUUGCCUGCUCCAAAAAGGAACAAUUUCUGUUGAUUGAUUUGAACCAAUAUGUUAUCUUUUCAAGAAUCUGUGUUGGUUGGAUAAGAAGUAUGCAAUGAAGACGAGCACAUUUGGCA